AUGCAGAAUAUUACCAAGAAUGAGUUUACUAGCAACAACAAUCUUUGUUAUAGUAAUGAUUCUGUCGGACCAGAACCAGAAAUUCAUAAAAAUAUAAGAGAAAAAAAUAAUAUCAGAAAUACAUUUGAUUGUACGACCUAUAAUAUAAACAUUGAUUUAGAUGAAUUCGAACAAGUACUUAGUAAUUGCAGAAAAGGAGACACUGAUAAUUUAACUCAACUUCACAUACAAGAAUGUAAUAAAGUAGAAACUAUUAUUGAAAUAAAAAGAGAAGUUGCUAAAAAUGUUGAACUAAAUAACUUUAUUGCUCAUGAAAAAGUCAUACAACAUGAUAACAGAAACAAUGAAAUUUGCGUGCGAAAUAUAAAAGAUGAUGUUAUAUCUAUUAACUCUAAUGAAAGUUUGAUAUUUUGUAUAAGCGAUCACAGUGUGGACUUAGAUGCUAUAUCACUUGCUUCUAACAACAUUUUUGCGUUGGAGAAGUCGAAUGCAACGAGUAUUGAAAUAGAUAUUGAUUUGAGUAGGGAGAUAAGUAGUCAAAAUGUAUUAGAUACUAAUGAUUUAAUUGAUUUAGAUGAAGUGAAUCAUACAGAUAAUGACUUUGAAAACGAAUGUAAGGAAAAUAGUACAAAUUUCGAUACAAACUCAAAUUGCAGUUACCACUCGUCAGAUUUCGAGUUAAUUACUGAAGAAGAAGCUAAAAAGGAUGGCAUAAUUAUAAAUUUCAAAAGAAAUGAUGGAAUAGUUCGUGAGUGUAACGAUGAAAAUUAUAUUGAAAUGUAUCUACCAGGAUAUAAUGAAGUUACAUAUCGCGACAAUCAUAGAAUUCCGGAUGGAGACGAGUUUUACGAUUUGUUUAGGGGUGCUCACGCGCCGGCUAAUGUGCCAGAUCUUUUCUUGGAAAACAAGGCUGUGGUACCUGCGCAAUGUAUGAGUGUAGAGAAAGAAGCUUCGGAAUUCAACUUUUGGGAUAUAAAUAAGGGUGAAAAUGCAAAUAGAAUUGAUGAAGAAUAUUUAGACGAAGCAAAAGAAACUGCAAAGAGAAUAUUGGAGUUCUACCAAACCGACAACAAGCGGAGGCGAAGUCGUCGGUGUCUGUAA